CGUGUCAUAGGCUUUGUUGCUUGGGAGACGGCCCGACAGCUGCUCCCCUGUUUUCACCUGUUUCCACACCCUCUUACGCACCGCACAUAUAGGAUUAAGGCUUAAGGAAGCCGCACACUGUCUUUCGUCGCCGCAUUGUAGCAGGCGUCUGGACAGCCCUUUUCGGUGGCGGCGUUCCCAUGCAGAACUCGACGAAAGGGCACCGACUGGCUCUGUCAACAACCGUGAUGCAUUCCCUGCUGUCUCGAACUCAAAAUUUACGUUCAUCAUACCUUGCUAGUCUACUUCGUCAACGAAUGCCGUCAUGGCGUGCGCAAGCUGCCGAGCUGGGAACUGAGGCCUCAGCUGCUGUUCAUAACACAAAAUCCCCAAGGGAUUCCAUGGGAGAAAUUCACCUUAUCAUGGGACCGAUGUUCGCUGGUAAGACCACCCGGCUGCUCCAGCAUGUUCGUGAGGCCCAGUCCGCGGGUCAGCGGGUGGUGGUCGUGAAGAGUGCGGUGGACACCCGCUACUCGACUGACCACGUGGUCACACACACCGGGGAGCGAUUGCCCUGCAUCAGCCUAUCAAGGCUAGGCAGCCUCAGAGAACAGCUGGGUACGGCAGAGUACGAUAAGGUCGAUGUUGUGGCGGUGGACGAGGCUCAGUUCAUUGAUGAUCUGGUUGAGUCGGUGCUGCACACAGCGGAGAGGGACGGCAAGGUGGUCAUUGUGGCGGGCCUGAACGGGGACUUCCGGAGGCAGCGUUUCGGGCAGCUUCUGGAGCUGGUGCCCCUGGCUGACCGGGUCGAUAAGUUGGAAGGGCGAUGCAGCUUCUGCAACAAGCCCUCGCACUUCACACUCCGUAUCGCCGCUAGCACCCGGCAGGCACUGGUGGGCGGAACUGAGAGUUACGCGCCGGUGUGCCGGCGGCACUACCGCGAGCUGCAUGACGUGCGCAGUAACGGGGCGACGGGGACACAGCAGGCGGACGGGGAGGGAGAGGCGGUGCAGGUGCAGGCGUAG